AUGAAUAGCUCCACUGAAGCCACUGAUGGCACUGAACGCAUUGAAGGCACUGAAGAAGAGACUGAAGAAGAGGAUGAUAAAAGGCUGAAGACGAAACUGAAGAAGAUACUGAAGAAGAGGCUGAAGAAGAGGCUGAUGAAGAGGCCGAUGAAGAGACUGAAGAAGAAAUUGAAGAAGAGACUGAAGAAGAGCUUGAAGAAGAGACUGAAUAAGAAACUGAAAAAGAGACUGAAGAGACUGGAAAGAGACUGGAAAGCACUGGAAUACACUGGAAGAAAAACUGAAGAAGAAACUGAAGUAGAGAAUGAAGAAGAGACUGAAAAAGAGACUGAAGAAGAGACUGAAGAAGAGGCUGAAGAAGAGGCUGAAGAAGAGACUGAAGAAAAGACUGAAGAAGAGACUGAAGAAGAGACUGAAGAAGAGACUGAAGAAGAGACUGAAGAAGAGACUGAAGUAGAGAAUGAAGAAGAGACUGAAGAAGAGACUGAAGUAGAGAAUGAAGAAAAGACCGAAGAUGAGACUGAAGAAGAUACUGAAGAAGAGACUGCAGAAGAGACUGAAGAAGAGACUGAAGUAGAGAAUGAAGAAGAAAUUGAAGAAGAGACUGAAGAUGAGGCUGAAGAAGAUACUGAAGAAGAGAAUGAAGAAGAGACUGAAGAAGAGACUGAAGAAGAAACUGAAGAAGAGACUGAAGAAGAGACUGAAGAAGAGACUGAAGAAGAGACUGAAGAAGAGGCUGAAAAAGAGACUGAAGAAUAGACUGAAGUAGAGACUGAAGAAGAGACUGAAGUAGAGGCUGAAGAAGAGACUGAAAAACAGACUGAAGAAGAGACUGAAGAAGAGACUGAAGAACAGACUGAAGAAGAGAUUGAAGAAGAGACUGAAGAAACUGAAGAAGAGACUGAAGAACUGAAGAAGAGACUGAAGAAGAAGAAGAGUCAGAAGAAGAGACUGAAGAAGAGACUGAAGAAGAGACUGAAGAAGAAGACUGAAGAAGAGACUGAAGAAGAGACUGAAGAAGAGACUGAAGAAGAGACUGAAGAAGAGACUGAAGAAGAGACUGAAGAAGAGACUGAAGCACAGAGUGAAGCAGAGACUGAAGAAGCGACUGAAGAAGCGACUGAAGAAGAGACUGAAAAACAGACUGAAGAAGAGACUGAAGCAGAGACUGAAGCAGAGACCGAAGCAGAGACCGAAGAAGAGCCCGAAGAAGAGACUGAAGUAGAGACUGAAGCAGAGACUGAAGAAGAGACUGAAAAAGAGACUGAAGUAGAGAAUGAAGAGGAGAGUGAAGCAGAGACUGAUGAAAAAACUGAAGAAGAGAAUGAAGAAGAGACUGAAGCAGAGACUGAAGCAGAGACUGAAGCAGAUACUGAAGCAGAGACUGAAGAAGAGACUGAAGAAGAAACUGAAAAAGAUAUUGAAGAAAAAGUCGUUGUCGUUGUCGUCGUCGUCGUCGUCGUCGUCGUCGUCGUCGUCGCUGGCGCUGUCUACGGAAGAAGAGACCGAAGAAGGGCUGAAGGAGAGACUGAAGACGAGACUGAAGAGGAGACUGAACAAGAGACGGAAGAAGAGACUGAAGAAGAAACUGAAGAAGAGACUGGAGAGACUGAAGAGACUGAAGAAGAGACUGAGGAAGAGACUGAAAAAGAGACUGAAAAGAGACUGAAAAAGAGACUGAAAAAGAGACGGAAGAAGAGACCGAAGAAGAGACCGGCUGAAGGAGAGACUGAAGACGAGACUGAAGAGGAGACUGAACAAGAGACGGAAGAAGAGACUGAAGAAGAAACUGAAGAAGAGACUGGAGAGACUGAAGAGACUGAAGAAGAGACUGAGGAAGAGACUGAAAAAGAGACUGAAAAGAGACUGAAAAAGAGACUGAAAAAGAGACGGAAGAAGAGACCGAAGAAGAGACCGCAAAAGAGACCGCAGAAGAGACCGCAGAAGAGACCGAAGAAGGAAGAGACUGAAAAAGAGGCCGAAGAAGAGACUGAAGAAGAGAUUGAAGAAGAGACUGAAGAAGAGACUGAAGAUGAGAUUGAAGAAGAGACUGAAGAAGAGACUGAAGAAGGGACUGAAGAUGAGAUUGAAGAAGAGACUGAAGAAGGGACUGAAAAAGAGACUGAAGAAUAG